AUGGAGAUCUGGCAGCGGUAUUCGAAGCCAAUGCAAUUAUCGUUCCUGGACUUUGAAGCCGCGUUCGACUUUCCUCACCGAGGCCGUCUUCUCAACGCAUCCCGCCCCGAUCGAGUACCAGGAAAGUUCGUUCGCUUGCCUGAUGACAUGAAUCAGCGAACAACUGCUGCAGUUCAAACACCAGCGAAGAACAGUAGAUCAGUGCCUUGCCGAUAUCAUACUAACACCAUCAGGACGUCCCUUGACCGAUCUCGAGUACGCUGA